AUGAUUCUUUAUGACUUCGACUCCAAUGAUGAGUUGGAGAUAGUUACAAUAGCUUCUAUGGAAGCCGAGAGUUCAUCAAAGUCACGACAUGCUGCUCGUAAACGACGUGAGUUCGUUUGGCGUAAUCCUUUGCAAGGCCAUGAAAGGCUUUUUCUCGACUAUUUUGAUGAUCCAUCAGUAUUUCCUCUCAAAUUAUUUCGGAGAAGGUUUCAAAUGAAUCGUUCUCUUUUUCUCUGCAUUCAAUCUGAAGUAGAAGCUUAUGAACCAUAUUUUGUUCAGAAAAGAAAUGGUGCUGGAGUGCUCGAUUUGUCUUAUCUUCAAAAAAUAACUGUGACUCUUAGAAUGCUUGCUUAUGAAGUAGCAUCUGAUUUUAUGGCUGAAUACUUGAGGAUUGGAGAAAGUAUUGCAAUGAAAAGCCUAAAGAAAUUUGUCAAAGCAGUGGUUGUAAUUUUUUCUGAUGAGUACUUGAGGUCACCGAACUACGACGACAUUGCUAGACUUCUAGCUAUUGGCAAAAUUCGCGGUUUUCCUCGGAUGUUAGGGAGCAUUGAUUGUAUGCACUAG